GAGCGACGACCAACUAGUUCCGGGAUUCCGAUGUCGGCCUAGCAGACGAGCUAACAAGUUUGCUAUCGGCUAAGUGAAGGAGGACCGUAUCGACCCACACCCUACGGUGGCAAGACAGCUCGCAUGUGCGGCGUUGGGAGUGUCCAUCAGAUUACCAACAGAGCCAGUGGGUGAAAGAAGACAGGAGAUAAAAGGACUAAUAUGCAUCAGACUACGUAACACCACUGCUGCACAUGGCUUCCUUUAAGAGAUGCAGAAUGGGAAAGGAGGUCUAUUUGCAGAGAAUUUGGAGGUGGGAGAGGUCUCUACACCCAGACCCGGCCACGUGCGGCGACAGCUCGGUGACAUACACGGGGCUUCUUUUUGGAAUGAGUUGAUUUUGUCCCCAUAUUGACAGAAAGACUGAAGGCAGGGGUCUCAGAGGAUCCAGGGGGCUCUGCUUGCUGUCGAGACAUUAUUAAUUGUGAAGGCAAGGCUUGACGUCAUUUUUAAAACAUUUUUUUAAGAAGAAAUUCUAGCUGGACUUUUGUUUGAUGUCAAGCAGCCUCCCACAACCGGUUUGAAAGUGAAUUUGUUUGUUUAGUUGUUUUCCCCUGCUGAGUUACUUUGAAACGCUGGAACUGUCCCUACUGCCGCCAUCCUCAGUUUCUUCCACCCACCCAGUGCCUAAAUAAGCCCUCUUGGGACAAUCACAGAAGUCAUCAGCAGCUGCUGCGCUCAAUCCUCUGCCUGUUCUCCUUUAUGUGCUUCUGCUCUCGGGCCUGCUGGCUACCCACCCACUACCUCUAUAAUUUUUCGGUUCUUUUUCUUUUUAUAUUCAUUUUCUCCGAGAGACAUAAUCAGAACUCAAAGCACAGCGAUGAGCAUUAAUGUAAUCAUUUGAGUUUCAGGAGUGGAGAGAAACCUAGUCUGCUCCAAUUUUAGUCGUGCGUGCGAGCGUCUGUGCUUUUGUGUACAUGCACAGCUGUUUUACGGUUGCACUGGUGCCAGGGAGCAGUUUGAGAUAAGAUUUAUUUAUAUUGUUGCACCAAAUACAGUUUCUUUAAAGCCAUACAAAAAUAUUUAUGAAUUACCUACACAUAUUUUUGUAUCACAUUGCUCUUGUAUAGUUUUGCUUUUAUAAGCCUAUAUUAAGAUUAUGCACACAAAUUAAAUAUUCACAACAAGCUGUACACACGCAAGUGGAUCUGUAUAUUGCUAUGUAAAAAGAAAAAAAAAACAACAACCUCGGUUUCUGAGUGAUUUUAUUAGUGCCGGAAGACAUUUAGCUUCUGGACACAGAGAAUCCCUCAUCCAUUCAGUUGCUGCUUUGCAUAGUUUUGGUUUUCUUUUCCAGUUGGUUGUCAUGGCCCCUCCUCCCAAACAAACACCAUAUCUGCCAUUUUGACCUGUAAAGCAGCCUUUACAGUAGGUAGACAGUAGAUACCUACCUCUCUCUCUGUCUUCCUCCCCUCUGUCUCUGUCUUUUGAUGCCGGGCUUCAGUGGUGGGGGGGUUGGGGGAGGAGUAGGUGUCCCUGCUUCUGCUCCUCCCCGUCCGUUCCGACCUAGCCGAUAUGUCCCGGUUUCUGCAGCCACCACCUUCCUUGUUGGAUCCACCACCCUCUUCUUCUGCUUCACGUGCCCGUGGUUGUCAGAGUAUUUUUCCUCUGUCAUUCCCAUCUACAUUGCCGUGAUCUUCCUCUUCACCCUUGCCAACUUCUGCAUGGCCACUUUUAUGGACCCUGGAGUCUUCCCCAGAGCGGAGGAGGAUGAGGAUAAAGAGGAUGAUUUCCGUGCUCCGCUCUAUAAGACAGUGGAGAUUAAAGGCAUCCAGGUGCGCAUGAAGUGGUGCUCAACCUGCCGCUUCUACCGCCCGCCGCGCUGCUCUCACUGCUCAGUCUGCGACAACUGUGUGGAGGAUUUUGACCACCACUGCCCAUGGGUGAAUAACUGCAUUGGUCGAAGGAAUUAUCGCCAUUUCUUCCUCUUCCUGCUGUCACUUACCACCCACAUCAUGAACGUGUUUGGCUUUGGUUUGGUUUAUGUCCUGCACCACCGACAGCAGCUGGACACACCACACGCUGCUGUUACUAUGGCCGUAAUGUGUGUGGCUGGUCUGUUUUUUGUCCCAGUCGCUGGCCUGACUGGGUUCCACAUAGUGUUAGUGGCCCGCGGUAGGACCACAAAUGAACAGGUGACAGGGAAGUUUCGGGGAGGUGUUAACCCUUUCACCAACGGCUGCUUGAGGAAUAUUUCACAUGUGCUCUGCAGCUCCCAGGCCCCCAGAUACAUGGGCCGGUGGCGGAGCUCUCAGGCCAUGGAAGUACAGCCACCAUUUCUUAGACCGCCUCUAACUGAGGCCCAGCUAGAAGCCAAGGUCCUGGACAACGGCAUCCAGAAUGACCGACAUAGCACGAGGUCUAAGAGCAGUCUAGAUCAGAUGGAGAGCCAGUCAGCUGAUGCAGAGCCUCCACCUCCUCCAAAGCCGGAGCUGCGUUACCCUGGCCUGCCCCGUGCUGACACGGAGGAGAGCAGCUUGUUGACUGAAGCUCCACCUACGCCAUCAAUGUACAAGUACCGACCAGCCUACAACAGCCCAGGAAGGAACCACACUGCCCUCACACACCCCAACAAGAUGAUCCGUGGGGAGAGUCUUGACUCUCCAUCUCCCUCCAUCCUCAUGUCCAGCCGCCACCGCCAGCCUAACUACCGCUCGGAGCCGAGCAGCCUGGACGGGGCCACAGUGGUGGGGGGAGGUGUAGGGGCGCGCAGAGGGGGAGGGGAGAGGGGUGAGGGCCCCGGGGGCCCUGGCGGGACUACUGGGGGAUUGUCAGGGGGCAUGUCAGGUUACUCCCUGACUGGGCGCUCCUACACCUCAUACCCAUCCUCUCUGGUUCUGUCCACUGGCGGCUCCCGCUCCUCCAGUCUGCGCUCAGCGCACACGGCACAUAACCCGCUGGCCACGCUCCAAUCAGAAGGCACCACAGACACCAGCUACAAAAGCCUGGCCAAUCAGACGCCUCGGAACGGCAGCCUGUCCUAUGACAGCCUGCUGACACCAUCCGAGAGCCCAGAGUUCGAAUCAGCCGCUCACGAGUUGUCGCCGCAGAAGCCUCAUGCUCUGUUUCCCUCAGCGACUGUAACAAGCCAGCCUGAGGUGGUGUCACCCAGUACCCGGCUGCAGGGCUACACGUCGCCCUUCCUCUCAGCUCAGAUUGCCCAGCAGAGGGAGGGGCAGCUGCUCCAGGGCUCUGCCACUUUCUCCUCCCCCCACAGGGCCUAUCUGCGUGCCGUCAGCCCACCCCCUCCCUCCUCUGGACCUCCUGAGAUCCAGCACCUGCUCCAGCAUAACCAGGACUCUUUUUCCCGAGCCUCUCGUAAUCCUUCCUCCUCAUCCUCUUCUCCUGGGGUUCGCUCACUAGAGCCCCCUGUCUCCCCGCCACCUCGCGGCCUCUCCCUCGGCAAGUCCCAUUCUUACACUGGGGAGGCAGGGCCUCAGCACAAACCUCGGCCCGCAGGAGGAGGCACUGUGCCGGGAGGGGGAGGAGCCGGAGGAGGGCAACAGGCUCCACAAUCCACCUCUCGCCCAGUCUUGGGCAAUCACACCACAUCCAAACCAGGGGGCGGGGUGAAGAAGGUGACAGGCGUCGGAGGGACCACUUACGAGAUAUCGGUUUGAGUGACAGACAUCCAUCGUUGUCUAUCACAAGGAGUUUGGGAAAAAAAGUCACUGGACUACUUCAACUUACCUGAGCUGGAUAUUAUUCACGACUGCAGGCCCCUCGAAAAUGACUGUUCUCGGCUGACACAGACUAAAGGAGCUGGCCUGUCUGGUACUCACUUUGUUAUCUUUGUAACGCCACUGGCCACUCUUCUCUGCUAGCCUUUCAAGAUUUGAACAAAGAGUAAAAAAGGGGCAAUGGUUCAUUUUUCACAGGAUCAGUGCGCCACUUUGUGAGCCAUAGGCCGAUGUGACUGUCUCAUCACGGCUGGGUACAGAUAUGUCUAUAGAACAUGCAUAGCUAUUCAAUGAUUUGCUGUUUUACUUUGGUACAUUGGCACACAGAGUAUUGAUAACCAUGUCCGACACUUAAGGAAAGGAUGGCCUUUAUCCAGUGGAUGCAGAAUCUUAAAGAGGGGGGAUUUAGGACUGUUGACCAGUAGAAACGUCUUCUUCUCCUCCGUCUGAACGGACCACACUUGUUUAUUGAUGAGUCAUGGAGAGAAGAGUCCAACCUAUAAACACAGUAUCAUUUUAGUUUUAUAAAUCUUUUUUUUUUUUUUUUAAUAUUGUUUUAUAUAAAUGUAUAAAAUCUUACAGACUAUUAUUGGGUCAAAUUGUCAGGUAUUGAGGGUUGCAGACGUACUGUGUGUAAUUAUUCAUGAAAGCGAUUUCAAAUCAGUUGCCUGUUUAUAUUUAAUGGCUGCAUCAGCCACUCAUGAGCUCUUGCUGGAAUUGACAUCGUCCAAAGAGAAUGAUGAUCCUUUGGUGGACAGCUGAAGUGGCAAAUAAUUGAGCUUAAUUUUUGAAAGCCACAAAGAAAUUCUGAAUCACAGUUGCAGCACAAGCAUCUUUGUGGAAUGUACGCUUGUAAUGUUUAUGCUAGACAUUAUGCAAAAUCUGUUUGUAGCUUUAAGAUCAUUGUAUGUCUUUUGUGUUAUUUUUUUUCUUAUUUUCUGUAAUGUUUUGUCUGUCAAGAUGCUAGCAGAACCUUAUACCUUUAACAGAUGGCCAGCCAAAUAGGGGCAGCGAGGGAAGGGCUUAUUUAUUUCUCCAGGCAAAACAACCUUGUAGUUUUGGACACAAUUUCAAACCAGUUUCUCUAAACAGUUUGUUCUUUAUUUUUUGGAG